AUGGCCUUCGAGACCAAAGCCACCAUCGCCAAUUUCGGCGGCAAGCUUCUCAAGCUGCAACACCAGUCCUCCAGCACAGGCACCCCUAUGGACGUGAACCUAUUCCUACCUCCCACCGCAGUCUCCGGGUCCAAGGUUCCGGUGCUAAUCUACCUAUCCGGUCUAACCUGCACACCUCAAAACUGCACCGAGAAGGGCUUCUUCCAAGCGCACGCGGCGCGCAAGGGCAUCGCCCUAGUCUGGCCCGACACCUCGCCGCGCGGCGCGAACCUGCCCGGCGAGACGGAGAGCUGGGACUUCGGCGCGGGGGCGGGGUUCUACGUGGACGCGACGCAGGCGCCGUGGAGCGCGCACUACCGGAUGGAAUCGUACAUCUCGUCAGAGCUGCCGGCCGCGCUUUUCGCCGCGUUCCCCGAGUCUCUCGACCCCGCGCGCGUCAGCAUCACAGGCCACAGCAUGGGCGGCCACGGCGCGCUAACCCUGUUCCUCAAGAACCCCGGCAAGUACCGCAGCGUCAGCGCCUUCGCGCCCAUCGCCAACCCGUCCCAGUGCCCCUGGGGCGACAAGGCCUUCUCCGGAUACCUGGGCGCGGACCGCGAGGCGUGGAAGGCCCACGAUGCUACGGAGCUGGUCAAGGGCUGGGCGGGCAAGGAUAUCAAGGCCCUGGUCGAUGUGGGCACCGGGGAUAACUUUUACAAGCAGGGCCAGCUGUUGCCGGAGAACUUUGAGAAGGCGGUUAAGGAGGCGGGCGUUAAGGGGUUGGAGUUGAGGUACCAGCCGGAUUACGAUCACUCCUACUUCUUCAUGUCGACGUUUGCCGGGGACCACGUUGAACAUGCUGCGAAGCACCUGCUCUCGUAG